AUGGAUCAGUCACUGAAGGAUGCUAAGGAGAUAAUAAAUAAUAUGUCUCUCGAUCGUAUGAGAACUGUCCAUGAUGGAUUUUUGAAGAGAGAAGCCGAAGAUGAAAAGCUGGCAACUUAUUGGCAAAAACGGCGUCGACUUCAGCAGACAAGGCUAGCAGCUGAGGAUGAAAUUCGGUCCCCCGCUGAUGGUGUGGCGUCAGAUUCAGAUGCAGAAGAAGUUGAAUCUGUCUGGGAACCUGUUGAACGCGAGGUUGAUCCAUAUUCACCUAGUAUGAGGGCUGAGCGACUGGCUAGAGAGGAUUUCCAAGCCGAAUGUGAAGAAGAUGAAUAUUUAGACGCAAUGCAUGGCGACCUCGAAGACCAAUUGGAAAAAGUCCCUAGUGAGGGUUCUGAUGAUGACUCCGAGGAAGAGCUUGAAGAAAAUUCCAUGGAAGAUGACGAUUGUGAGUCGGAUAAUGAAUCUGAUGAGUCUGAUGAUUAG